CUUGGUCUGGACUUGUUGCUCUCAUCCUACCAUUAUCUCUCGAAAAUCCGACCUGAUCAGCCGAAAAUGAAGGCUUCUACAACUGAGAAUGACCCAUUCUCCACUACUACUGCAGCGGAAACUACUCUCGCUGAUAAAUUCCCCCAGGAUGUGAUUCUCCGGUACAUCGUCAAACCUACUAUUGGAGACCAUCCUAUUAUUUCUACGUUGAUCUACCUUCUCACCAUUAUCUCAUACUUCUUGAAGUGCAACGGCGGCUCCUCUACCUGCAGCUUUACAAUUCGCUACGCCUUCAUGUUUAUCCUAUCUUUGCCACUUGUUCUAGUCCUGUACCUAUACUACAAGCGUUACUUACUUCAACGCGCAUCUGCACGUGGGCCAGACUCAGUGGCAGCUAUGUAAUCAUAUUGACAUUCUUUGUUCUCCUUCAGUCAAUCAAGGCAGAUUACGGAGUGGACAAUCUCUGACAUGGCGUUUGUGGCCUGGGAUCUGGAAUUCAAAUGAAAGGGUUCGUU